AUCUGGCUCGUGAGAUCCUCGAAUUCCCGACCUCAAAUUUUCAGCAAGUCGUUCGGUGCGAUCGAUCGAUCGAUUGACACAUCACAUCUUCAUUUGGCCAGUCUCACGGGUAGACACACACACAGACAGAGAACCCAACGAGGGGAACUAUGGCUCGUUUCGGCUGCGUGGCCGGGGUGGCGGUGCUCAUGUUGGCAGCGACGGCUCUGGGCGUGAGUGCUCAAGGCGGAAACGUGUUCGAGUGGGAUUUCGCGGCUCGCGGUGACGCAGUGUGCACGAACUUGGCCACGGGUGUGACGAUCGACAAUCAUCCCCCGUAUGCCAUGAACACAGCAGGCUUCAGCGACUCUCACCGCAACAUCAUCUCCUAUGACACGGACGAUAUCUAUGCCUUAGGAUUCGAACAGUACUCUCCCGGAGAAUUUUACCUGUCCAUCUACAAAUGGUUCCCGAGCAACAGCUCCGCUGGUCCUUCGGUGUUUCAAGCCAAGGGCCUGAAUACCAACACCGUGGACGAAGGUGCCACCUUCACCAUCCUCAGCAACGGCUCGCUCGAUCUGAGAAGCUCCGAUGGAACUCUGGUUUGGACAACAGGCACAGAGUUUGCUGGCGCAGUAAGCAUGGAAUUUAACAUGGACGAAGGCAAUCUGAUUCUGUACCAUUCUACUGGCGCUAUAGUCUGGCAGAGCAUUGACAACAACGGAUCUCCUUGAAUGCCCACGUAACCAAUUCCAGUACGUUUAACACUAGAAGAUGCUGGCGUCGUAUUGCAACCACAUCUACGCAGUUAUCGUGCCUGCUGCAUGAAGACAGUCGAACGUCCGACCAUCCAUCUUAAGGAAAUUUGAACUUAGCCCAGCUACAUCGUCGCCCGUGACAAAGGUCCCCAUGAUACUGCAUGCAUGCAGUCAUUGUGCUCAUGAUCUUUUGGCUUCGAGCUAUGGAUAGAAGGAUAUGGUUACAACAUCGUGAAUUAUCAGCUGAGUGGCAAUUCUAUGUGAUAAGAUAGAUUGCAGGCUCUCAAAUGUCCCUCUCCAGAAAAAAUAAACGUUGAUUUCUACGAAGUUUGAUAAUUACCGUCAACUCACCUUGUAAUGGUACCGCUGCAAAUGCUGCAAUAUUCACAGCAAUCAGCUAAUUUGUGGGGAUGCGACUCGCA